CUCCUCCCACUCCACAUCAUAUUCCUUCAUUCUCCGCUCACUUUCUUUCUCCGUCUCUCUGAGCCCAGAUGUCUCCUGCUUUCACCAGAAGCUCCCCUCAGGACUGACUUUAACCAGUUCUUCGGCGCAGUGCCGCAGAGCGUUUAUUUACUCCGUUAAUUUUGCGUUGCAGAAACAUGCCAAGCCGGGCCAGCGUUGCGAUUUUGCGGUUCAAUUGUGUUUUCUUUCUGGCUGCGAGCCACGUCAAGAGCUCUGAACCGGACUACCUCUUUCCAGACACAGAACAAGAGCUCUUCAUCAAGCAGCACUCUGAGUUUUAUGUGGAUCAUCCUGAAAAAGUGGACGGAGAUGGGAAUUUCAUCUCAUACUCUUUAUCACAUCACUUCUCUGACAGGCGACAUAAGAGGGACCUGAAUUCAGAAGAGAGGCGAGUGUAUUACAAACUCAACUACAAAGGUCAGGACUUCACUCUCAGUCUAACCACCAAUGACAAUCUGCUCACCAAUGAAUAUGUGUUGGAGAAACACAAUGGGAGUUUAACAGAAAAGCAGUCACAAACAUUUGGGAGCGGCGCCUGCCACCUUAUUGGCACAGUAACUGAUGGUUACGUGCAGGGAACCGCCGCCAUCAGCACCUGUGAAGGACUGACAGGGCUGUUAAAUUUACCGCAGGGGCCGCUAUUGAUCGAGCCGGUCCGUGGCCACAUCUCAAACAUCACUCAUCCACGACACCCACAUGUGAUCUACUGGAGUUCAACCUGGAGUGGACUCAGGCAGCGACGCAGCACUGAUGCACACAGCGUUCAUCAUAGUCCCUGUGGGGUCAAAGAUGGUUCUGAGUUUUCCCAACAGGUGGAGCAGGAGAGAGAGCACUGGGAGCAGGAGCAGCACCAGCAGGGUGGGGAUCGUAAUCAUGAUCCGGAUCGAGAGUGGACACGACCCCGGAGGAUCUCCCCUCGCUCCAUCAGCAAAGAGCGCUGGGUGGAGACCAUGGUGGUGGGCGACUCCAAACUCGUGGACUACCACGGAAGUGGAAACGUUGAGUCCUACAUCUUUACCAUCAUGAACAUGGUGGCUGGAAUUUUUCACGAUGCCAGCAUCGGUAAUGCUAUCCAUAUCGUAUUGGUCCGGCUCAUUCUGCUACACGGAGAGGAGAAAGGCCUGAAGAUCAUUCACCACGCUGAUACGACUCUCAACAGCUUCUGUACCUGGCAAAAAAACCUCAAUCCUCAAAGUGACACUCAUCCUGCACACCAUGAUGUCGCUAUACUCAUCACACGGAAGGAUAUCUGCGCAGGCAUGAAUCAGCCGUGUGAGACGCUGGGCUUGUCUCACCUGUCGGGCUUGUGCCAGCCACAUCGCUCCUGUAAUAUCAACGAGGACUCAGGGCUACCUGUUGCUUUCACCAUUGCUCAUGAACUCGGACACAGUUUUGGAAUCCAUCAUGAUGGUCAAGGGAAUGACUGUGAGUUAGUAGGUAGGCAUCCAUUCAUCAUGUCCCGCCAGCUUCACUACGACUCCUCUCCUCUCACCUGGUCCUCCUGCAGCAAGGAGUACAUAACACGCUUUCUCGAUCGUGGUUGGGGUUUCUGUCUGGAUGACCGGCCAUCUAAGAGGGACCUCAGCUCCCCGAUGGCGGCGCCAGGAGUGCGAUACACCCCCCAGCACCAGUGCCAGCUGCAGUACGGACCCAACGCAACCUUCUGCUCAGAAGUGGAAAAUGUGUGUCAGAUUCUGUGGUGCUCUGUAAAUGGAUCCUGCCGCUCCAAACUGGACUCGCCGAUAGAUGGAACCAGGUGUGGACCUGAGAAGUGGUGUAUCUCUGGUGAGUGUGUGAUCGUAGGGAAGUUACCGGAAACAGUGCAUGGAGGCUGGGGGCCCUGGAGCACCUGGUCUCACUGCUCUCGCACCUGUGGAGCCGGAGUCCAGUCAGCAGACAGGGAAUGCAACCAGCCCAAACCUGAGUUUGGAGGCAAAUAUUGUACAGGCGAGCGGAAGCGCUACAGAAUUUGCAGCACAAAACCUUGUGCCAGAAAACAUCCGUCCUUCAGAGAGAUGCAGUGCAGUGAAUUUAACACUGUGCCGUACCACAAUGAACUCUACGAGUGGAUACCUGUUGCAAGCUCAUCACGUCCAUGCGAGCUGCACUGCAAGCCUGUGGAUGAGAACUUUUCUGAGAAGAUGUUGGAUGCGGUUACAGAUGGAACGCCCUGCUUUAUGAACAACAGCAGAAACAGCUGUGUCAAUGGUGUGUGCAAGGAGGUGGGUUGUGAUUUUGGCAUUAAUUCUAAUGCUAAAGAGGACGGCUGUGGCGUUUGUCUCGGUGAUGGAUCCACUUGUGAGACGGUGAAGGAGAACUUUGUGGCGCAAGAUGGAUUUGGUUACACAGACCUGGUUUUGAUCCCUGAGGGAGCUCGGGAUAUCUUCAUACAGGAAGUGGAAGAGGCUGGGAAUUUCCUUGCGAUCCGAGCGGCUGAUUCAGAUGAGUAUUACCUCAACGGGAAUUACAUAAUUCAGUGGAACGGAGAGUACGAGGCAGGUGGCACGAAGUUUUACUACGAUCGGACGGGUAAUAUGGAGAAUCUCACCUCAGCAGGACCAACAACUGAACCUGUCAUGAUCCAGCUGUUGUUCCAAGAAGCAAACCCUGGUGUCAAAUAUGAGUACACCAUUAAGAGAAGUCGCCCGCUGGGGAACGAAAUUCUGGAACCGGAGUACAUUUGGAAAUAUGGAGCCUGGACUGACUGCAGCACCACCUGUGGGCUUGGUGAGCAGCAUCAGCCUGUGCGCUGUUUUGAGCCAGAGGUUGGUGUGGUCGAGGAAACGCUGUGUGACCCCAGCACACGUCCUGAUGACAGGCAUCGCAAGUGCAAGAACAUGGACUGCCCUGCAAGGUGGUGGGUGGGAGGAUGGCAGACAUGCUCGGCUACAUGCGGUCCAGACGGAGUGAGAAAGCGCACCAUUCUGUGUGUGCGUACGGUGGCCGGAGAGGAGCGGGUUCUGCACCCUGGCGACUGUAAGCAGCUGCUCAAACCCAAACCUGUGGUACCCUGCAACCGAGACGUACCGUGUGGGUUCCAAUGGACUGUGGGGAACUGGAGCGAGUGCUCUCUGUCUUGCGAUGGAGGGAUAAAGUCCAGAUUCGUCAAGUGUGUGGCAAAACAACCCGGCCGGUGCAACCCUGCCAAUCGACCUCGUUCCACGAUCCUCUGUAACCUCCAGAGCUGCUCGUCCACUAACAGAUGGACGGGUUCUCCAUUCCGACCACGAUUCCCUCCUAAAAUCCCAACGCAGGCCCCCGGGACCCAAACACCAGGAUACAGCUCCACUAUUGUGCCUCCAAACACCUCUUCUACCAUUACAACCAACACCUCUCCAACAUCCACAACAUCUGACAUCAUCCAUGAAGACGACCAAGACUUUAUCUUGGUGAGGGACGAUCACAAAGGCAGUGAUGGUCCUGUAACGGUUCCCACAAAUACUGAGGAUGAGGAGGGAAGCGCAGACCUGCGGCCUCCGGAUAAAAUCUACACGCCAGGUUAUGAUUAUAUAGUAGAAGAUCCAACCGGAGAAGAAAGGGCACGUGAGGAUAAUAUGUUUACCAGCACAACUGAAGAAGUCCCCACAUCCACUGUCCAAUCAUUGCAUACUAACAUCUCCACAACAAAACCAGACACUACUAGAAGGACCCAAUACAGUGAUUAUUUGACAACAUCCCCAGUGUUGCAGAAAACAAGAAGCUCAUAUGAACCACAUACCACCACAAACCCAACAGUGCCACAUUUGAAUACUCAAAGUCCACAAGCAACUGUUCCUACAGUGAAGAUACUGAGAAAAGCCUCACAAACAGCAAACAGUCCCAGCAAAGGCAAUGCUCCUAAAGCAGUCAGGCAGAAGCCAGAGACAGCGACCACCACAGAUGACUAUGGAAACCUGAAUGCACGAGAUCCCAUCAGUAGGAAUGCAUUUUGGAAAGUGGGCAACUGGAGUGAUUGCUCCACUACGUGUGGUCUUGGCGCGGUGUGGCGGUCAGUAGCCUGCAGCUCAGAGCGUGAGGAAGACUGUGCCAGUGUGAAGAAGCCAGAACCUGCCCGCCGAUGCAACCUGCGACCCUGUGCCACCUGGAAGAGUGGAAACUGGUCCGAGUGUCCUGAAGGCUGUGUGACUGAUAUGAAGCAUCGAGAAGUGCAGUGCAUCGACACUCAGAGCAGACGUCUACUGAGGCCUUUUCACUGUCAGGCUCUUUCAUACAAACCACACAGCAGUUUGCCCUGCAACACCCGGCCCUGCCUGCAGUGGAUGUCCUCACCCUGGGCAGAGUGCUCUAAAAGCUGUGGGCGCGGAGUGAAGGAGAGACGUGUGUACUGCCCUGAGUACCAGCGCUGCAACGUCACGCUCAAACCCAACAGCACUGAGUCCUGCAAUCUACAGCCCUGCACCAGCUGGGCGACUGAAGCCUGGGGUCAGUGCUCCAGAAGGUGUGGUGGAGGGGUGCAGAAGCGAGCCGUGUGGUGCAGGAAUGAGGAAUCCGGCGAGGAAGAAAAGAUGUCACUGUGUGCAAAAAACAACAAACCUGACAGUGUGCAGAACUGCAACCCAGAGGAGUGUAAAACUGAUUUAGGUCUAGUUUGUAAGAAAAACAGCAUGUCGACACGUUUCUGUGAGAAACUCAAGCUGCUGGGUCGCUGCUCGCUGCGCUCGAUCCGCAAGCAGUGUUGUGUCACUUGCAUGAUGUAACACUGCAGAGGUCAGGCUUGGGUCAUCGACCAAAAGCACAAACUACUGGACACACAGACGUCCCUCUCAAAUAUAUAAAAAUAUGUGGUUUUUACUUGAACAAAGGAAUCCUAGGCGUUUGACCAUGUGUUCCCUCCAUCUGUCUUAAAAUGUGCCUUGAAAUGCUUCCAAGAUUUAGUUACAGGAUUCAACAUCAGUUAGACAGUUAACAUAUAUGUUAGUUUUUGCACUCGUUUUGGACUUUUUAUUGUUGUUUUUCUUCUUUUUAACCCCAAAAAGGUGUUAGCAAGACACCUGUCUUUACGGACCCACUUUUUUACAUCAAUGGAUCCGUUGGAAACUACCAUGAAGCAAGCAAAAGUUUUUGCACUUACAGGCUGAUAUUCAGGUUAUUCAUUAAAAACAGUAGUUGUUAUUAUCUGAAGUGUCAUGUGACCACCGUCUGAUGGACAUUAUGCAACGCUUUCACGGUCAAAAUGUGCAGUUCUUAAAUUAGUGUAGUUUUACUAACUUAUUUUGCACAAAGCUGCGGUUAACUCAAUCAUUUGUGGAUAUGUGUGCAAAAUUAUUAACUAAUUAACCCAAGUUGUUAUUAGAUAGUAUAUUAAUAGGCUGCAUGAAAAAUUGAGGGCAUAAAUUUGAUUUUAGAUA